UUCACAGAAGUCACUUUAACAAGCAGAGUGCUACUGACAGAGAGAAAGAGCGCACUGAAACUAACCUGAACUAACAAUGUUCGCCAGAUCAGACAGUCUGCUCCUCUCAAUCCCUACAAGCAACUUCUUUCAGCAGCAGCCGCACUUUGAUUUCAGACCGAUGCGCAGCACCGAGCCGGAGAUCUUCACCUUCGAACGGAUCCCCGAGACGCAACAGUCGUUCCCGCACCGCGGAGCUCCCGUGCGCCCGCGCAAAAGAAACACCCGGGUCAUGUACCCAGCACAAGUGCGCAAAUAUCUUCCACCGGUCGAGAAGAGCCGCGCCAAACGGUGGCUGUUCAUCCUGUGCCUGGUGGUUUUCAUGCAGAUCUACACGGAGGAGGGAUCCGUAGAAUCCACGCAAGCUGAAGGUCCAGCUGCAACAACGUACAAUGCCCUCUCCUUCCAGUCCGCCGAGGAGCAAGCCAGACAGAUGAUGAGCAUGUCGGACCAGAAGCUCCAGGUCGGCAACGAGGAGAAGGAGAGCUUGAACCAGUUUCUGAACACUUCGUGCCAGAGCGCAACCUGUGAAGACGACGUGACUGCGCUUUACCAGCAAAGCAGGCGCAGUGGAUACGUGGUGGCUCUUCUCUAUCCAGUGUACCAUAGACUCGGCACAGAGAAGUGAAUGAAAUGAAAAUCACACUGAUGGACUAGACAAGGUCAAACUAUCUUGGUUUCUCCAUGUGGAGAUAUGUUCCAGCUGGACUUGAAAGAGUUGAUGGAGCACAUGCUGAAAAGACAUUGAACUUGAAAACUUUAUAAACUUGAAUAUUAUUAUUGCAUUGUCGUGCAAAAUGCAUUUUCACAUGAAGUGUAGAAAUGCAGUGUGGUCUUCAAUGUCAAUGAUGUUUGAGGUGCUGAAAGCUACCACUUACAAAAAUACUUGAAUCUCAUAUUGAAGAUUGAAUUGUGUUAAAUGAAGAAAUUAUGAUGUAGCUAUUUAUUUAAUGUUAUUUAUUUAAUAUUGACUUAUUUAUGUCUUGUUGUUUUGUGAAUAAAUGUGCCUAUUAAUUUCAGCAAGUAUUUUGUUACUUAUUCCCUUUCAUAAACAAUAUAAACAAAGAGCACUUGCACAAAGUUUGGCUAAAACUUCAGUGCCACUUCUAAUGUUCACAAAGUAACUUCAAAAGUAAAACUUAUAUUAUAAUUUCUAAAUCUAUUAAACUUAUAAUUCGUUAACAUUUAUGCUGUUGAGACAGAAAAAAACUUUUUGUGGAUUUUAUAGAAAUAUAUUAAUAGAAAUACUCUAUUGUAAUUUCAUUUUCUGCCCUUUAGCAUUUAUUUGUUUGAGUUGACAAAUAAUCAUCAUAUUCACAUCAUCACUUUAUGACUAUCAUGUAUGAGCAUAUAAGGACAAAUAUGUGAGUGAAUGUGAUGUUCAUAAUAUUAAUAAAUUAACAAAACCCA